CACUCCUCUCUCUCGUCUCCUCACUCGCCGCCGCCGCCGGCGCUCUCACCCCACUCGCCGCGCUCGCUCGCCCCGCCCUACCCCAGCCGAUCGACCGCACCCCACACCACCGCGGGUCUCGCCUCGCCUCAAGCCAUGGGGAAGAGGAAGGACCACUACGAGAUCCUGGGCGUGCCCAAGGCGGCCACCGCCGGCGACAUCAACGAGGCGUACCACAAGCGGAGCGCGCUCAAGUGGAAGGAGGCGGAGCGGGGGUUCCAGCGCCUCACCACAGCCCACAAGGUUCUCAGUGACCCGCUGAGGCGCCCGCUCUACGACAAGCACCUGCGCGCCGAGGAGAAGCUCAUGGGGAAGGCGCCGCCGCCGGCCGCAUCCACGGGUGUGGCACUGGAAAGGGUGGUACGUACAGGCCGGAAGGGCGCAGCUUUGGGCAGGGAGGUUGCGGUUGCGGGCACCGGCGGCAGGCAAAAUGCAGACCGGACGGGCGGAGGCGCCAAGCGUGGCCUUCGAAGCUCAACGGGGAAGGCCAGCGGGAACGGCAAGCGCUCGCGAUGCCUAACGGACGGCGCGACAGAUGCGACGGGAGCACACGCGUCGACUACGUCCUUUUCCACCGGCCGUAGCACCUUUGAGAUGUCUGUGAAGUACACGAAUGAGUACUACAAUGAGGAGAAUUGUUCAUCCUUCGACGGCGAGCCAUUCUGCCCCACCGACCAUAGCACCUUCAAGGCGGCCGUGAAGACCAUGAAUGAGUACUACGAUGAGGAUGAGAACCUUGGGUUGUGCGUGUACGAGGAAGAAGGCGUGCAGGAUGACUAUGGCAACCAUGCCGGGGUUGGCAAUGAUGAUACCAGGGUUUGUGAUGACCUCAUCAACGGUGAUGACGUGGAAGGGGGCAUGCCGUAUGCAAAAUACGAUGAUUGCGGGGGUGGUGAUCACAACUAUGGCGACCAUGGCGGGGCUGGCAAUAAUGAUGAUACCGGGGUUUGUGAUGACUACUACGACAAUGCUGCGGGGGGCUUUGACAAUGGCUACUACGACGGUGAUGCUGGGAAUGGAGCUGAUGACUGGUGGUAGUGAUCCAGGGCAAGACCUCUUUGAAAUGUGAGAAGGAAGUCCCAAGUCGUGGAGUUGAGAUGAUGUGCAAGUCUCUAUCUACUUUGCUAGUUCUUAUGUUACCUAAUUAUCGUAGCUAGCUUCGGAUUUACCACUUUUCUGUAUGAUAAGCUAGGAAAUCAGUCUUCUGUAUGGGGAAUCUUAAGCAAUAUCAUGUACCCUGCUUGUGAUAAAGGUAUUGCUAAAUGCUAAUGUACAUUAUAAUUGGCAUAUGUUUCUUCAUUGCUCA